AUGGGGACCCGAUUAAACUUCAGUACAACGUUCCACCCUCAGACUGAUGGGCAGACAGAGAGAUUGAAUCAGAUACUGGAAGACAUGUUGCGUGCCUGUGCCAUAGAGUUUUUCGAAAGUUGGGAUGCUCACUUGCACUUAAUGGAGUUUGUGUACAAUAUGAGCUACCAGUCCACUAUUGGGAUGUCACCAUUUGAGGCCCUAUAUGGGAAGAGUUACAGGUCCCCUGUGUGUUGGGAUAAGGUGGCACCCAUAAAGGGUAUUCUGAGGUUUGGCAGGAAUGGAAAGUUGAGUCCGAGAUUCAUUGGACCUUUCGAGGUCCUGGAACGAGUUGGCCUUGUAGCUUACCGUUUGGCCUUGCCCCCAACAUUGUCUUCAGUUCAUAAUGUCUUCCAUGUUUCGAUACUAAGGAAGUAUGUGGCAGACCCAUCCCAUGUAGUUGACUACGAGCCCUUGCAGUUGAAUGAUAACUUGAGCUACGAAGAGAAGCCCAUAGAGAUUCUUGCUAGAGAAGUAAAGACAUUGUGCUGUCGGGAAAUUGCUUUUGUGAAAGUUCUGUGGCCGAACCACCAGUUCAGGGAAGCCACCUCGGAGCGAGAAGAUGAGAUGAAGACCCAGUACCCGGAGCUAUUUCAAGGAUGA